AUGAUCACCAUUUGUAUAAUUUCUCUGCUUGUUUCUUCCGUCACAUCUCAACUCACUCACGGACAAACUCGAGUGCUCUACGAAUCUUUCGACCCUCCGACACUCAACACUUCCCUCUGGAACUACGGAUAUCCAUGGGGUACUUAUUACACUCAUCGAGCGAACACAAACCAGCGUCUCGUUCGAGUCACUCAAGAUGGUUAUUUGAAUCUAACUGCUAUCAAAGAGCGAUCCAUCACACUCGGUGUCAUGACAGAAUUUGGUCCACUCGAUAUUGACUUCUCUUCAGGUGCUGUCAACACCAAUGGAAAGUUCUGCAUGAAAAACGGCUUCAUCGACAUUACUCUUCGUGUACCACCGACAGAAAGUACAUGGCCUGCCGUGUUUCUCGUACCAGAAGAUUCAGGUCGUGUGCCUAUGCUUACUAUUAUGGAAGCAUUCGAUUCACGAUCUCGCUAUGCCUACGGAUUCAAGUACACGAACAGCAAGGGUGAAGUCGAAGAACAGAACUUUAUUGCAGACAACAAACAAACAAGUGACAAUCUACAUCGAUAUGGACUAGACUGGGGAUAUGAUCAGAUCACAUGGUACUAUGAUGACAAGUGGGUGAACACGGUCACAAAAUCUGAUGAGCUGAAACAAGUGGAUAGCCUGUGUUUGGUGAUUGGACUUGGUGUGGGUGGUAAAGCGCAAGCUUCAACAAUCAAUGCUGCUGAAUAUCCAUCAGUGAUGAGUGUGGAUCUAUUGGAAGUGUGGCAACCCAAAUAUGAUGGAUUUUACAAGUUCCGAAAUGUUCAAACAGGUUUGUUGCUAGAAAUCGAUAGCGCCUUACAUGAUUGGGCUGCUUCUGUUCUGCAAUGGCAUGAUAAUGGAGGUGAUUGGCAAAAAUGGCAUGUUCAAUAUGCUGGUCAUGGUCAAUUUCGACUUAUUACCGGACACAGCCGGCAAGGUUUAGAUAGUGACAACUGGGGUACAGCUGAUGGCACAAGGUUAAUUCAGUAUCCAUAUCACAGUGGAAACAAUCAACUGUGGAAGUUACAAAUCGUUGAUGAAAGCAAGCCGGAUAUUGUUCAGUUGAUUAAUGUUCAUACUAUCGGUAAUUCCGAUGCUCCAAAAAUGGUAUCUGUGCCUGCAACUGAUACAGCACCGGGUGCGCGAUUACAUUUAUGGCGCGACAUGAAUAGUGAUCUGCAAAAAUGGCAGAUGAUUCGUCUUUGA